GCGGCUCCCAUCGGGCUUUGCGGCAGCGGCUGGCGCUCCGGCUGUUCGGGUCCCGGCAUGGAGCGGGGCGGACCCGCGCUGGAGCUGAAGCUCUGGGCGGCCCAGGAGAUGGGGCUGCCCCCCGCGAAGGUGCCCCCCGACGGGGCCUUCCGCCGGAUGUGCUCAGGCCAGUGUGCGGAGAUCUGGAGAUACGUCACCCGGCAUGUGCACCACCAGAGGAAUGUGAAGAAGAUCCGAGGGAACUUGCUGUGGUACCAGCAUCUGGAGGAGGCAGAGGGAAAGCCCAGCAGGUCGGAACCGGAGCAGGAGCGAUGCCAACAGCUGGCCCAGGGCGUGGCCCGCCUGCGUGGGGAGCUGCAGCUGUUGGACCUGCAGAUGGAGACGGCCCAGCGCGAGGUCAUGGCUGACGAGGUCUCCCUGGAGGCGACCCAGGAGCGGAUCCGCGACGCCCAGCGCCGCUCCCUGCUGCUCAAGGCCUAUGCGGUCCGCACGGCCAAGGAGCGCCAGCAGCUGCAGGCCAGUGUAACACAGCUGGAGGGGCGGCUGGAGCAGCUGCAGGACAUCAGCAGAAAGGCCAAGGUGGAGCUGAUGGUGGGAGGGAAGGUGCCUGACCUCGGACUUGCUGGCAUGGAGCCUGAAGUACUGCGGGACGUGCGGACGGCCUGCCAGCUGCGCUUCCACUUCCUGAAGUCGCUCUUCGAGCACAGCACAUCUGGGGCCCUCCCCAGCGGGACAAGCGAGGAGCUGCUGGACGCAUCCUACCAGCACUGGUUGAGCACGGUGGAGCAGGACAUCGUGGGUUCCCACCCUCCCAACCACGUCCUGGCAGCCCUGGAGCACCUGGCCCUGGAAAACACCCUGCAGAUGCAAGAGCUCACCAGCCGCAUUGACAUUCCCUGUGACGUAGAGGCGCUCAAGUUCCGCUACGAGAGCGCCCGCCUGGAAGACCUGGCGGGGCCGCCAGCAGCCCUGCCCUCGGUCCGGGGCCUCAUACAGGAAGGCUGGAGCAGGUGUGAGGAGCUGUGGGUGCAACAGCUCCCACUACAGGCCCGGGAGCAGCGCGGCACGGCCCAGCUGGCCUCCCUCCUGCAGGAGAUGCACCGGCUGCUGGCGGACGGCUCGGAGCGCGCCAUCCUCACCAGGGCAGUGCUGGAGCUGGAGCUGCGGGCUGUGCGGCUGACGGGGCUGCGGGAUGGGCUGCACCGGGGCUGCCGGGAGCUGGAGCGGGAGGCGAGUGCCCGCCACGCCGAGUUGCAGGCCUUGCAGAGCAAGCGGCAGCGCAUCGUGGACUUCCGCCACCUGGUGCGCGAAAAGCAGCAGCACAUCCGGGCGCUGAUCAAAGGCACCUCCUACAUCAAAUCCCAGCUCCGCAAGGACCAGGCCGAGGUCCAGGCCUUCGUGCAGAGGAAGCUGCUGGGCCCGGAGCAGGACGUGACGCUGGAGUCGCAGCGGCUGCACGGGGGGGUGGAGCGCGAGGUCCGGCAGCUGGGGGCCAUCGCCCUCCCCUGCCUGCUGCGCCGCAGCCUCCUGGGGUCCCAGCAGGUCCCGGCCCACGAGCUCUCCAUCCAUAGGCUGGGCCGGAUGGCGCUCGCCCAGAACCGGGCCUUCAUCACUGUGUGCCAGGCUUCCGGCUUCCCUCUCUACAAGGCCCCGGAGCACCUCCUGCCCCACAUGGCUGAGCUGAAGAAGGAGCUGCUGGCCCUGCAUGCCCAGCUGGGCUACAAGAGCCAGGCGCUGGCCAGCCUGCAGCAGCGCCAGGGCUCCCCGGGGACCGACGCACAAGCCCUGGUGCAGGCCCUGCGGGACCACGACCGGGAGCAGGCCGGAGCCCUGGGGCCGCGGAUCCGGCUGGUGACGGAGCAGUGCAGGCAACGUAUUGAGCGCUGGCCCGAGGUGCAGGCCGCCAUUGACGCCUGGUGGGAGCAGCCGGGGCAGUUUGCCCUGCCUGCGGAGCACCGCCUGGGCCUCACCUUGCAGCAGUGGCUGGAGCGCUGGACCCUGGCCCUCAAGACCCUCCAGCAGCAGCAGCACAGCUGGGCCUGAUGGCCCCGUCCUGCCUGGGAGGGGCUAGGGGAGCCCCGCCCCCAAAGGGGUGCAGUUGUAGGUAGCCACACCCAUGUUAGGGAAGGAGUGCGGGUGGGACACGCCUCUAUGGGGUGGAGUUUUUGGGGGCCUAGCCCAGUCCAGCUGUCCCCUCUUGCACAAGGUGGGGGGGUCAGUGUUAAGGGGGUGACCAGAUGCUGGCAGUGGGAGGGUUGGUGGGGCUGAGCGGAGGUGGGGGAGCGGCUGUCAGGUGUGGGGGGGAUCCCAGAUGGGUUUUGUGGCAUUCUGUAAUUCACAAUGUUCUGAAUAAACUGACUAAAUUCACA